CUGCUUCACUUGCACCAUGGUUUUAGCCGCAAGCAGGACGCUUUUGGUGCUGUUCCUCACAUUUUGCGCCCCAGGAUGUGGAUGGACAGGUAAUGCUCGUCACCUUUUAACAACAGCAGACAAACUCCUGCGGCCACAAAAUGGGAAACAGACAUCUCUGGAUGAGGUCUUGAGGGACAUCUGGGAGCCUUCUAUUCAUCUGGAUGGAAGACCGGUUGAUCGCUUCUUCACAAGCUCCAGCAAACCCACCAGACUGCACCGCUUCUCCAAAGUGAGCAGGGACAGCCGGGCUCAUCUGCUGGAGGAUUUAGACCCUGAUUGGGUUGACCUGGAUGGCUUUGCUGUGCUAGGCAAUGCACCCGUCAGGAACUCAUCCGCAGGUUCAGUCAGAUCCUCACAAACCGGUGUCAGAAAUUACUCCUCUGCAGGGCGGAACGCCAAAUUGGACAGAACGGCUCGCCUGGGAGGUGGUACUAGCAGCGUGAUUCAAAGGCGGGCACCUCAGUCCUCAUCGGGGCCCAGACAGCCAGAAAGAGCUGCUGCAGGGGCCCCGAUGCUGGAACACAGACGCCAACACAACACCAAGCCUCAAGCUGAUCAAAGAAAUCGCCGCAGACCAAAACUAACAUCUGAGUCCGUUCAUGUGGUGUCACUGCAGGCACAGACGGCCCAGGGCCAGAGGGCACCCCCAAACAGAGCUGUCGCAGUCAAAACAACACCAGAGCCGCCUAUAAAUGAAGCCCGGGACAUCAACGUGAGGGUCAUGUCCCCUAAAUCAGUCCUAAUCUCCUGGGUUGACCCUGCUGUCGAAAUGGGGAAAGUUGCCCCUGAGGCAUCCAGGUCAUACACAGUCAGGUUCAGGGAGAAGGGUGAGUCAGCACGCUGGGAGUACCAGGAGAGCUCCCAAAGGAGAGUGAUGAUAGAAACGCUGUCUGCUGACGGGAUGUAUGAGUUCUCUGUCCGGAUCUCUGAAGGAGAAAAACACAGCACGUGGAGUGCUUCUGUUUUCCAAAGGACCCCUGAAUCAGCACCAUCUGGACCACCUGAAAACUUUGAGGUCAAGCCGCUAAGAGGAAAAGGGACAGUCGUUACUGCAACAUGGGAUCCCCCUGAAGAACCAAAUGGAAGAAUAAGAGAGUACAUCUUAUCUUAUGCGCCUGCAAUGAAGCCAUUUGGAAUGAAAAGCAUUACUUACAGUGGAAGCACUACAACAGCCACUGUAGAUGGUUUGACCCCAGGAGAACGCUACAUUUUCAAGAUCAGGGCCACCAACAGGAAAGGAAUGGGUCCCCAGAGCAAGACCUUCAGUGUGGCCAUGCCACAGUCUAGCAGUGGUGCCUCAUCAUCUUCAAAAGCCAAGCUGCACAGCCAGCAGACCAUCAGUUCUGGAGCCAAAUCCAGAAUCCAGUCCACUGAGGUGCCACCAGCUACGACGCCUCAGCUACACCCUGCCAGCAGGCGACUCCGUCCACUUUCCCAAACACGCUCCUAUCACAGUGUUUUCUCUGCCCUUAGAGGUUCUUUCAGGCAUGUCUCCAACAGAGUAAAAGCUAGAGAUGAUGAGGUAGAAGAAGAAGACAAAAUCACCCCAACAACACCUUCAAUAGAGGAGACAACUACUGUAGAAAUCAUCCCAGAGACAAAAAAAAUUGACAAUAAUGUUGAUCCUGUGUCUGAUGAGAAACUAGGAUAUGAUGACGAACCCAAACCUACAAACCCACCAAGCCUCAAAGUUUUAACACCUUCUCCAACUAAGCCUGUUCACAAAAAUGCAUUUCGACCAAACAGAAGGCCGGUUAAGAUUAGGGUGCAUCAAAAAAGUGGAUCAAAGAUGAUUUCCUCUCCCUCCUCACCUAAAGACUCAUUUGUAGCAACUGCGGAUUCAGCAUCUACAUUUUCUGCCAAAUCCUCAAUCUCUUCCAGUUCUCUAAAUUCCUCCUCAUCACUGCCUUCUUUGUCUAUGUCAUUGCCCUCUUCUGCAUCAUCAUCUUCUUCUGCAUCCUCCUCCUCUUCGCACAUUCAAAACCCAGAGGCUAACAGAAAAGUAAAUGUUGCCGCAACAUAUCCACACAGUCCAAAAAUCUACAUUAAAUCCAAUAGAACCGAAGCAAAGCCUUCCACUGCUAUUUUAAAUGGAGCAAACUCCCCAAAGAUAAAUAUUUUAACCACAGGUAGAGGUUCUCUGGCGGGGCGCAACAGCAGUUCUGGCUUUGGAGUUCGUUUCGGUCGAAAACAUCCGGGACUGUUUGUCAAAGGGAAUUCUUUCCAAAUUUCCCGGAGCUACCAACCUGCUGUGGCUUCGCACUUGAACUUACCAAGCAGACAAGCCUCAAACUCAAAAAGUCCAUCAAAAACUCUGUCGGCGUCACAAGAAGGAGCUGAAAACCAAGAAACGCAAAAUGUUUUCAAUCCAAAAGCAUCACAGACAACUCUUACAAGCAUUACAGACAUUUUAGCAACAUUAGAUACAAAUGUAUUUGACAAACCACAGUUAACAACGGGCACUGCGGUUCGUGGUUCAACAGCAAGACAAGGUAUUAAGCCAUUCGAUUCAGGUUCUAUUUUCUCAGCUCCACAAGGAGUAUCUCCUAAUUCUGCAACUUUAAAUGCAAACCAAAUUUUACAAGGUUCAAAGGAUUCUACCGAUCAAGACACAACAUACAAGCAAACAACAUAUUUAACAACAGACAAAAAUCCAAAUGAAGCAGAAGUCACUAAACUGGAUGAACCAUCUGUAGGUUCAGAAAGAGAAACAAUAGAAACAGGCAAAAGAGAGGAGGAAAGAGGACACCAAAGCAGAAAUGGAAAGAGAGUACACUCUCGCAAUAGACUUAACCCUUCGUUUGCUGAAAGAUCCCCUUGGCAAGCGAGUCAAUACCCAGGCAGAUUUAACUCAAGGUCAAGGGCCUCACUCCCCAGGAAGAGCAGUAGGAUGCCGAUAACUCACGUUUCCUCCUCUGUGGGGGCUGGCAAACCACUUUUAACAGAGACUCAAACCAGACUCUCAGGGGCUGCUGGGUCAUCAAUACAAGAGACCAAAGAAGACCUGAGAAUUUCACCAGGUCAUGAUACACAGAAGAACAGACUUGGAUCUAGCUUAGUUCAGUCUAACCAAAACACGACUAGUGACACUAAAAAAGCACUUACCUCAGUCUAUCCUUCAGCUUCUACUAAAUUAAACUCUGACUCUCUCCAUUUCUUAAGUGCAAAGAGACCUUCCAGUGAACACACUGAAAAAGAAAUCAUUAAAAAGAAAACUCAUAAUCACAAUGGAGACCAACUCCAAGAGAGGAGUGGAGAGGAUGGAAAUGACCUUGCAGAAAGUUAUGAAGACCCUGCCAUCACAUUUGUCAGUGAAGGAAAUGCAAAAAAUGGAGAGAAUGCAGACAGAGGGGAAGCUUUGUCCAGAACUAAGCCUAGUCUUUUCUCCAGAGUGAGUCAAAGUCCCCGCCGCUCUGGUGUAAGGAUUACAGGGAAUGAGCGCUCUUCUCAUCUGAAUACCGGGCUGUUUGCUGGAUCAAGACUACCCAUCAGACCACACGCAGCGCAGAACUCCAGGUUAGAUGGUUCAUCACCUGAAUCAGCUGACUUCUCUUCUUCAAACUUACCCUUGCCAGACCCAUCGUCAGCCCGCAAUGUAGGUGGCUCAGCUACUAUAACUAGGACAGGUGGACUAACGGGCAGCAAUUCGCAAUCCUCGAUGUCUUCGUCUUUGUUGAGAAACAGUUUCAGAAAUCACGGAAGCAGACGUCGUUUACCAACCAUUAACAGGAAACCAAACGGAGGAAACGGUAGAAAUGGACAACUAAAUUUGACAGCAAGCAUCCAAAAAGACUCUUUGACUUCGCUUGGAAGUAGCAAGGCUGCCAGUCAAAAGUCAAUCAUUGGACCUGAUGGAACUAAAUGGAUGAUUGACUUUGAGCGAGGGGUUCUCAUGAACCAGGAUGGACAAGUCCUCCAGGACUCCCAAGGAAAACCGAAGAGGGUGGUCCUUGGAGAGGAUGGACGCACCAUUUUUGAUCACAUGGGAAGUCCACUCCUAAAUCAGGAAGGUCUUGCUCUUUUUGGCCAUGGCAGAGGCAGUCAACCGGUGGUCAACCCCAAGGACAAAGUUCUCAUGGUUGGAGGAAAACCAGUUCUUGGUUUAGAUGUCUUUCGUCCCAGGUCUUUCAGCAGCACAACCACCACCACCACAGCUCUUCCAACCACAGCAGCACCCACCACCACUGAAUGGAGCUCUGAGGAGUUUACAACAGCACUGCCCUUCCCAACCUGCCCACCUGGAACUUUCUCCAAAACAGAUGAAUUUGGAUAUCCACUUUUGGACCAAGAGGGAAUUUUGGACUGUUAUCCAGAAGAGGACGCCUCAGGAAUGGAAUUGGACCACAUGCUUACUGUGUCCAUGCUGCCUGAUGCUUUAGCUCUUGAGAAAGAUGAGAUAUUUGUCCAAACAACAUUGGUGCCGACCACCACCACCAGAACCACCACAGAGAUCCCAACUCCAGAGCCAAACAGACCGAUCAACAGAGGUCCUUCAGCUGCGUUUGAUCUCAGCGGGAAGAAGCGAUUCACAGCUCCUUACGUGAACUACAUCCGGAAGGAUCCAGGUGCGCCUUGCUCUCUAACCGAAGCCCUUGAGUUUCUUCAGGUGGACGUCCUGGAAGACUUGAUGAAAAAAGACCGCCAGGCAGCCAGUCAGGGGGAGGCUCCGAAACAUAAACCCCAUAACCUCACAGUGGUUGCCAUGGAAGGCUGCCACUCUUUCAUUAUUCUGGACUGGGCCCGGCCCCUGAAGGGCGACAUGGUGUCAGGCUACAUGGUCUACAGUGCUUCAUAUGAUGAUGUCAUCAAAAACAAGUGGUCCUCCAGACUCUCCAACGGGACACAUUUGCCAGUGGAGAAUCUCAAACCCAACUCUAGGUACUACUUCAAAGUACAGGCCAAGAAUGUGUUUGGUUUGGGACCAGUCAGUGAGACGCUCACUUAUGUCACUGAAUCAGACGAUCCUCUUCUCAUUGAAAGGCCACCUGGUGGAGAACCAAUCUGGAUCCCUUUCACCUUCAAAUACAACCCAGGUCACAGUAGCUGCAAAGGCAGCCAGUACGUCAAACGGACCUGGUACAGGAAGUUUGUGGGCGUGGUUUUGUGUAAUUCACUGAGGUAUAAAAUCUUCAUGGGCGACGGUCUAAGAGAGCUAUUUCACAGUAUAGGAGAUACAGUCGGCCAGGGUGAAGAUCACUGCCAGUUUGUUGACUCCUACAGGGAUGGAAGAACCGGCCCGAUCUCAGUCUUGAACAAUCUGCCCUCAACGCAGGGAUAUUACAGAGCCUACAGACAGGAACCAGUUAAAUUUGGAGCUAUUGGUCCCCGUACCCCCCAUUCAGUUGUCGGCUGGUAUGAAUGUGGGGUGCCUAUUCCUGGGAAGUGGUAACACUGGAGGAAGAAGGGACAUCUGUCAUCGGUUCACUCCUUUCCCCUAAACGCAGACUGACCAGAGCAAACAAGGAUGCCACUAAGAACGUGUUGCAGCUUCGUCAAAGAGAAAAUGGUAUUCCAGUGUAUUUCACUACAAUGCACUUUUAUGUAAAGCAAUCUGUAUAUGAGGGGAAAAAAGUGGCAUGUGUGCUUUGGCUCAUCCUAAAACCUAACUGCUUGUCAUCUUGUAUUAUUUGUACCUAUUAUAUAAACUGAUCUUUAUCCAGUGUUAUUUAUGUCAUCAAUAAUAUGGAUGGUCAUGUGGUCAAACUAUUAAUAUUGGGUUUACCUUUUGAUGAAAACCGUCAAAAUGGGCAUCCCUCUAUUUAAAGAGUUGGUGCCCUUUUUAGUGCACCGAGAAAACUUUAAUAAAAGUUGGAUUCUACUGUCA